UAGUAUAGGAAAGUGCCUUAUUGUGUGUUGUUCCUUUUCUAAUAAUGCGCUCUGAUGUGCCAUUUUCGUUCAUGUUUGAAGUACUAAUGUAAUACCGUUACGUGUUUAUUUCGUUUUAAUUAAACAAAUGAUCGCUACAAUUAUAAAAAUAUUGUACAUCGGCGUAGCUGUCUAAUUUUACCAUCAUCUUUUAAAAGUGUGUUACAGCCGUUGCACCAGAAUGCCAAAGCGGAGGAGCGAUGUGUGGUACCACUUCACGCACCAGGAGCUCAGUAGGGCCACAUGCAACUACUGCAAGGCACUGCUUAGCUACUCGGGGGGCUCCACUGGGAACCUCGCAAGGCACCUCAAGAAGAGACAUCAAGUCAUUCAAGUAGAGCGGCCCGUACCAGCCACCACGACAAUCCAAGGACUUCUCAGGAGCUUCCCGUUUGAAGAAACUCCAGAGAUGAAAGAGCCCGAGGCGGAGGCGGACGGCGGGCGGGACGAGGACGCGAAGCCGGGCGCCCGCAAGAAGGCCGCGCUGACCACCAGCAGCGCCCUGGCGGAGCUGAUGAGGCUGUGCAAGGCCUGCGAGUCGUCGGCGGCGACCAAGCAGCAGCUGGAGGAGCUGAAGGUGCAGCACAUGAAGGAGCUGCACGACAUGAAGAUGAAGAUCCUGCAGACCGACUUGAAGAUCAAGGAAGAACUGCUCGGCAACAUCAAGAACGGUUCUCUUCCAAUUCCAGAUGCUAUACGAUACAUUGAACUUCACGACAGCUAAUGUCAUAUUAUAGUUUUCUUUAUGCAUUAGUAAAACUAAAAAGUUAUGUUAAAUUUGUGAAAAACACUGGAUCUUGCUGUUAUUUAAAUGCUAAGAUUUGUCAUUCAUGAUAGAUUACACAAUCAGUAAUUAAGCUGCUCACUACUAUUUAUUAUCAAAACAAAAUUAUUUGUAUGUGGAACAAACGUUUAGAGCUUGAUGUGUUUCAAGAAGUGCGGUGGAAGACAUUGAUGUUUACUUGCUGUUGUGAGAUAUUGUUCAUCAUAAUAGGCAGUGAAAGAGUGAAGAUAAAAGAGUAAACAGAAUGAAACUUGUGGUCAUGAUCCCAACUUGUAUUUUUGUCUAUGGUCUUGAAGAAUAAUUAAAUGUGUGUAUACUGUUGAUUCAUAUUACAACAGUCACCUUUUUUGUUUGUUAUUUAUUACAAAGUUUUUAAUGUGUUAGUUUUAUAACAAUAAAAAAGUAAAUUAAAA